AUGGCGUCAACUGAUCCAACGAAAUCAUUGUUUACUACGCAAACAGAAAAACCAAACCAUUAUACCUACCUGAAGGAAUUUCGCGUCGAACAGUGCCCAUCGUUCCUGCAGCACAAAUGCAACCAGCAUCGGCCGUUCGUGUGCUUCAACUGGCACUUUAUGAACCAGCGGAGGCGGCGUCCGGUUCGCCGACGGGACGGUUCCUUCAACUACAGCGCGGACAACUACUGUCCGAAGUAUGACGAAACGACCGGUAUCUGUCCGGAUGGGGAUGAUUGCCCAUUUUUGCACCGUACGGCGGGUGAUACCGAACGACGGUACCAUCUGCGUUAUUACAAAACGUGCAUGUGUGUUCACGAUACAGAUGCGCGCGGGUACUGCGUGAAGAAUGGACAUCAUUGUGCGUUUGCGCACGGCAUCCAUGACCAGCGGCCACCGGUGUAUGAUAUCAAGGAGCUGGAGGCGCUGCAGAACGUCGAGGACCCUGGCGAGGGCCUGAAUGGGCCGAACGUGCUCGACAAGGAGCGGAACCUGAUGAACGAGGACCCGAAAUGGCAGGAUACGAACUACGUGCUGGCCCACUAUAAGACGGAACCGUGUAAGCGUCCGCCCCGUCUCUGCCGUCAGGGUUACGCCUGUCCGCAGUUCCAUAAUAGCAAGGACAAACGGCGCAGUCCGAGAAAGUUCAAGUACCGAUCCACGCCGUGCCCGAACGUGAAGCAUGGGGAGGAAUGGGGAGAACCGGCUAACUGCGAGGCCGGCGACAACUGUCAGUACUGUCACACGCGCACCGAGCAGCAAUUUCAUCCGGAAAUCUACAAAUCGACCAAGUGUAACGAUGUGCAACAGGCGGGCUAUUGCCCACGUUCGGUGUUUUGUGCGUUCGCGCACGUUGAGCCGUACAUCGUGAUGGAGGAAGAUUCGCAAGCUCUUACCCUGUCGGACAUGCGCUCGUCCGUACUGUCAUCGGCCGACGGUGGCGGUGGUGGUGGAGGAGGUGGUGCCGGACCAGCCGGCAGUGGUGUGGCUGGCGGUGGUAAUGGUGGUGGAACCGGUACCGUACCCGGUGGUGGUGUCAUUGCACCAGGCGUACUUGGUGGCAACGGUAGUGGUGGAGGUGGUGGUGUGGGCAAUGUUGCCGGUGGCCCACUUGUAUCGGCCGUAGUCGGAUCGGGCAGUAAAAAGGAUGCCCACGACUUAACGAAUUUUUCCUACUUCCAGCUGCUGUCGAACGGCAGUGCCGAGAGCAGCGAAUCGGCUAGCACUAGCAGCCUCGGCUCGAAUAACAGCUCGCACAACAAAGCACCCGGGUCGCAUUUGCAGCAGCAGAAGCACAACGCCGCACUGGUCGGCAACGGGCAUAACGCUGGCAAUCCGCUCGGUGGGUUGAGUUUGCUGAGCAACGGUGGACCAACGGGUGCCAACAGUGGCAGUGCCAAUGCUGGUUCCAUACUAUCAAAUCUUGAUUUUACCCAGGAUCUACCUAAACAGAUGGUUGCUAUUGACCAUGAGCUCUCGCUGAAUCCUGUUGAACGCGAACACCAGAAACGUAUGGCGUGCUUGACUUUUAAUAUGUUUAAUGUUGGCUCACCGCUCGAUGGUGGAAUGUAUGAUCUAGCCAGACGUGACAAUAUGCACGGUCUUGAGAAUUCAAUGUCCGGUCUCAUGUCAUCAGGGCUGUUACCCAGCAGCUCGGCACCGGUUAACAUUCCAGGCUCCUCAAUGGGAAAUUCAAUUUCCGGUAUCCUGCAAGGCACAUCCGCACCGGUGAACAUUCCUGGCAGCUCUCUCGGCCACAACUUUAGUCCAUCGUCCCAUUCGAAUCUGUUCGGUUUGCACGAUCCAUUCGGGACGCAUCACAUAGGAAGCGGUUCGGCACCGAAGCUUAGCAACAAUUCGUACGGACAAAACCAUACAGACAACUUCUUCUUCCAUUCGAAUAACAUUAUCUCGCCCGUGCUCGGUGACGGUCUGUCCGCUAGCCCAGAAAUAAGAAGAAUGUCCGAUUUGAACCCGCUUAGUAGUGAGUUAAGCAGUAACACAACGAAUUUGCUGUUUGCCGAUAAUCAGCAUCACCAGGGACCGCAAGCGCAACCACCGCAGCAGCAUCAUUUGCAUCACCAGGCACAACAGUCACAGCAACAGCAACCACCUUCACAGCAGCAGCAACAGCAGCAGGCGCAAAAGCAACAAGUUUCACAACAGCAACAGCAAGUGAUUAACUGGGAGGAACGCGUACUGCAGGCAACAACCGCUUGCGAAGCAUGGAAAGCACAAAUGGAGGAAAGUAAUCGCAAGACGGCCAUUGCGGAACAGCAACGCGAUGAGGCACUGUCGCAUGUAAAAGCACUAACGGAAAAGCUGGAACAGAUGAAAUUGUCCGGUAACGGGUGCCCAUCCAACUAUCGUUCGUGUGAUCUGCGCGGCAUGCCGCUGGCGAAAUUGAAAAGCAUUCAGGCCAAACUGCGAGAAGAAAUUGAGGAGGUGGAAAUAGUAUUAUACCAAGAGACGGCCAACAAGUGUAUGAAAUGUGAGGAAAAGAAUCGCUCGGUUACGCUCGUGCCGUGCAAUCACUACGUCGUCUGUGAUACGUGCGCAACAACUCAGCGCGAGUGUCCUUACUGUCAGACGCCGGUCACGCCGAAGGCGUAA